UACGGUCAGAUCGAGGGAAUCUCUGCGUGAAUGAACAUAGAGAUAUUUGACUCCUUACCUUAUUUGUAUGAUUGUGGAUUGGCUGCACUGUAUAAGAAGACAACAAGAGCAAGAGCACGCAUCCAUUUAGAAGAGACAGCUACAGCGAGGACUGUUGGACAACACACAUUCCAAGUAGGAUCUGGUCUACUCUAUUGCUAAAUCUUUAAACUGCGUGCACUGACCUACGAUUGUUCAGUAGCUUUAAACACAAUGGGACUGCAUGGCUCUAAAUUUCCUCCAGAAGUUCGGAUUCUAAUGCUGGGCCUCGAUGGAUCUGGAAAGUCCACCCUGCUCUACAAGCUGAAAUACAACGAGGCCGUUGUGACCGUUCCCACCGUUGGAUUCAACGUGGAGAUGCUGGAGACCAAAGACAAGGGCUUUGUGCUGACUGUGUGGGAUGUCGGGGGCCAGCAUAUGAUGAGGGUGCACUGGGAGCACUACUAUGAGGACACAGCCGGUUUGGUGUUUGUGGUGGACAGCAAGGACAAGAUGCGGAUGGCCGAGGCAAAGCAGGAACUAGAGAAGAUCCUGGGGAAUAAGAGUCUGAAAGGCCUUCCGUUGAUUGUGCUAGCCAACAAGCAAGACUUGCCAGGAGCCGCAAGUGCCGGAGAUGUGGCAGAGAUCUUGAACUUGAAGGAGAUUUGUGGCAACAGACACUGGUUUCUUCAGUCAUGUUCUGCCAAGACCGGUGCCGGUUUGGAGGAGUGCUUCAGGAUGAUGGCUCACUUUCUUAAGACUGCAGGAACAGAAGGAGAGGAAUAUUUACAGGGAGGAAGGAAAACAUUUAAAGCGAAGACACAGCAGGAUUACUGGUGAAUUGAAUUAUUGUUAAAAUCAAUGGACAAAAGUUACAGUAACAUGCCAGGAAUAUGCCUUCACAGAGACACAACAUUUCUCCUUUAAUUUCUUACCUAUCUGUAAAUAUGGGAAGAAAUAACAGCUUCUUUGCACUAUGUUCUGCACUUUAUUUUUCGAAUAACUAAUUAUUACAAUUUACAAAA